AAUCGACGGUUGUUACGGCAAUGAAUGGAUGGAUAGAUGCUGAGUUUUCCGGACAGUUCUUAUCAGGGAUGAUAAUUGAUUGUGGAUUUAAUGAAAAGUGGUUGUUUUUUUAUCUUCCGGGCCAUCACAGUAUAUACUAUUUAACCGAGAAAAAUUAAUAACAGUUAGUAAUGCGUAACAAUGCUCUGCAUUUAAAGAUAACAGGAUUAUGACAUUUUCAUGUAAAAUAACAGCAAUUUUUCACACUGUUAAAAACCAUCGUGACUGUUCACAGUUAACUCUGCUGCAGCUUGUGAUCUGCUCCCGGUGACGCGGUGUGACUUCACACGGAGGCUGGAGGAGGACGCCGCCGCUCCGCGCAGCUCUCUGACCGUCUCCUCUCGUUCUCUCAGCGGGCGUCAGGCAGCAGAAAGCCGGAGGGAAUGGAGCCAGCGGGCGCGUACGGCGCCGGGAAGGCCGGGGGAAGCAUCGCCUUUGAUCCGGUCGCCUUCUUCACGCAUCCCCGGACCCUCCUCAGACUGCUGUCGUGGGUUUUCUCCAUCGUGGUGUUCAGCUGCAUUGUGAACGAGGGUUACAUCAACAUCGGCAGCGAGCGUUUGCUGUGCAUCUUCAACAACAACGCCGACGCCUGUAACUACGGCGUUACCAUCGGCGUGGCCUGUUUCCUCGGCAGCAUCUGUUUCCUGAUCCUGGAUGUUUACUUUCCCUCUAUCAGCAGCGUCAGGGACAGAAGACGUGCUGUCCUGCUGGACCUCGUCUUCUCUGGCCUCGCCAGCUUCCUGUGGUUUGUUGGCUUCUGUUUUCUGGCCAAUCAGUGGCAGGCGACCUCUCCAGACGAGCUGCCUCUGGCCCAGGGCUCUGAUGCCGCCAGGGCCACCAUCGCAUUCUGCUUCUUCUCCAUCCUCACCUGGGCUGUGCUGACACUGAGUGCACUGCGACGCUUCCUAACCGGCAGCAACACAAACUUGUUCACAUGGCAACACUUGGAACCCGCCCCCUGCAACGCUCGAGCUACACCGUACCCCAUCGCCAACGGUGCUACCAUAGUAACCACCAACCCCUAUCAAGCCCCGCCCUUCACUGAAACCCUGGACCCCCAGAAACUCACACAGCAGAGACCCAUGGCCCCGGCCUUCUAGAGACACGACAGAUGGGACAGAAAGAAAGGAAGAAAAGAAAGAGGAGGUGCAAGUUGUACAGCACCGCGUACAACGCGGGCACGGACAACUUCCUGCCUCUGUCUAGUGGCUUUCCAUCCUCUCCCGGGAUUGGCAGGAUUCUGGGUCAUGUGAUGUUCAAUCUAUUUUCACCAUGGCAACUGCUGGCUCAGCUUAGUUAGUUAUAACUCUGUGUCAAGAAUACUGUCUUAGUUCCCUGCACACACACAGAUACUGAACGCACGCAAACACAGCUGUACUCUCUCACAACCGGAAACAGAUAUACAUGAACACCUGGAAAUACCUGUGUAUACACGCGGAAGGACACACAAAACACACACACACACAGACACACUUUUGACUGCAUGUUCAUAUGGUGAGGUGCAGAUUAACAUAGAUGUAGAUCAGUGAUGAUGCUCCAUCUGCCUUAUUAAGGGAUACAAGGUCUUUAGUGGAGGAAAUAUGAAGGACAGUGAAGCUCCAUUUAUCUGCUUCUGUUCGCCUUCAGUCAGUCUGACCAAUCACAAGCUGCCCUGCAGACACGUGUCCUCCCAUUGGCUGAAAUCGAGACAGACAGGCAGCUUGAUCAGUAGAUUGUGAGCAAACAAGUGAGGCUGGGCAGAAAUGGGUACAUUUUCUUGGCAGGGAAAUAAAGGCAGGACAGCUUAAUGCAUUCUGAACGCUAUAGUGUUUCAGUGUGAAAUAUUCAUGUGAUUAAAUAUUUUAUUGUGAUAUGCUCAAGUGGUAUAAUGAAAUAUGAAAAAAUAAAAAAAAAUCUAUCCACCACCACCACAACCAC